GUUCCAAAAAUAAACACACGGAACGCAACAAACCGACAAACGUCAAACAUUAUCAAUUUUCAACAUGACGAUUCAAUUUUAGCUGCAGACGCAGUUUUAUAUUUUUCGUGCUGUCCAGGUGCAUAUAAAUUUCGUGUAUUCAACAGAAUUUCCAUCUAUUAUAAAUACAAUUUAAAUUUCACCAAAUCUCAAUGUUAUUGAUACAAAAGUUGCCACAAAAUUUUAUAAAAAACUAUUCACUAAAUUAUUUUAGGUCCAUGAGUGGUAUACAAAAUAAAAUGGAUGAGACGUGCAUGUUAAAGUAUGUAAAAGCAUGCAUUCCGCCUUUGGACGGUAGUAACCAUAAAGGUCAGGCAGGCCGGAUAGGAGUUAUUGGAGGUUCAUUAGAAUACACAGGUGCACCAUAUUUUUCUGGAAUAAGUGCAUUGAGAGUAGGAGCAGACUUAACCCAUAUAUUCUGUACAAAAGAUUCAGCCACUGUUAUAAAGUCAUACAGUCCUGAAUUAAUAGUUCAUCCCUUACUGGAUUUCCCAAAUGGUGUAUCCGAGAUAUCUGAAUGGUUUGAGAGACUACAUGCUAUAGUCAUAGGACCAGGAUUAGGUCGUCAAAAAGAGACAUUUAAUGUAGUGACUGAACUCAUUGAAGUCAUACGUGAGAAAAGAAUUCCUUUGGUUAUUGAUGCUGAUGGUUUAUUCUUAAUCACUGAAAAGAUACAUUUGUUAAAAGAAUUCAUGUCCCCAGUUAUACUUACACCAAAUAAAAUAGAGUUUGAAAGACUUUGUGCUAAAACAAAUGGGCCCACAGGUUUGAAUCAAUUAGGUAGAUAUGUGACCAUAUUCAAGAAGGGACAAAUUGAUGAGGUAUACAGUGUUGAUGCUAAUGUUCAAUGGAAGUUGAAUAUUGGAGGGUCAGGCAGGAGAUGUGGAGGACAAGGAGAUUUACUCUCUGGAGCAAUUGCAAUCAUGAUGCACUGGACCUUAGCAAAUAAAGAUAAAAUACUUAUGGAAACAUGUGGAGAAGAUAAGGUCUUGUUAGCUUCUUCGCUUUCAUGUUAUGGUGCUAGCCGUUUGAUAAGACUGUGUAAUGAGAAAGCUUUUGCAGUAAAAGGCCGUAGUAUGGUAGCCUCUGACAUGAUUGAGUACAUCCAUGAAUGUUUUGAACAUUUAUUUGGUCAGUAAAAUUUUGCAGUUAAUAUCAUAAAUUAACUAAAAAUCGCGGGUUACUCACGUGUGUAUGCGCGGCGACGUCUACGCACGUUGCGCAGCCUACUGAU